AGGCGCGGAGUCGAGUCCCUCUGGGCCGCAGCCGGUGGCCGGCUCGCCGUGGGCCCAUACCCGGCCCUCACACACUCGGUUCCCCUCUCUCUGCGGACGCUAGAGGACGGACCCCGCGCAGCUGUGGCGGCAGGAUGGCGCAGACCGCCAUGUCCGAGACGUACGAUUUCUUGUUUAAAUUCUUGGUCAUCGGAAAUGCGGGAACCGGCAAAUCUUGCUUGCUUCAUCAGUUCAUUGAAAAAAAAUUCAAAGAUGACUCGAAUCAUACCAUAGGAGUGGAAUUUGGCUCAAAAAUAAUAAACGUUGGUGGUAAAUAUGUAAAGUUACAGAUCUGGGACACAGCCGGACAGGAGAGAUUCAGGUCUGUGACGAGAAGCUACUACAGAGGUGCAGCUGGGGCGCUCCUGGUCUACGACAUCACCAGCCGAGAAACCUACAAUGCGCUUACUAAUUGGUUAACAGAUGCCAGGAUGCUGGCGAGCCAGAACAUCGUCAUCAUCCUCUGUGGGAACAAGAAGGACCUGGACGCUGACCGUGAAGUCACUUUCCUUGAAGCCUCCAGGUUCGCACAGGAGAACGAGCUCAUGUUCCUGGAAACAAGUGCACUGACCGGGGAGAAUGUCGAAGAGGCUUUCAUGCAGUGCGCAAGGAAAAUACUUAAUAAAAUCGAAUCAGGUGAGUUGGACCCAGAGAGGAUGGGCUCUGGCAUCCAGUAUGGAGACGCUGCCUUGAGACAGCUUCGGUCGCCACGACGCACACAGGCUCCAAGUGCACAGGAGUGUGGCUGCUAGGCACCCCAGCAACACAGGUUCGGGGCUUUCCGG